AUGCAGACCGUCGUGCAGGGCGCGCUCCCUCCCCGCUCCGGGGGCCGCCUCCGCAGCCGCAUCACGGUCGAGGGCGUGCUCAAGCCGGCCGUGACUAAGUACGUUGUCGUCGGCUCUGGCGGCGGCCUCAGCCUGCUGCGGCUGGCGCCCCAGACGGGGCGCAAGCAUCAGCUGCGGGUGCACUGUGCGGAGCAGCUGGGGACCCCCAUACUCGGGGAUUACAGAUAUGGCUAUCGCGACAGCCAGGACGCCGCCAACACCGCCGCCGCGCAACCGCACCCCAGCAGCCCCCGCGGCCACCCGCAGCAGCAGCCUGCAUCAGCGGCCGGCGGCCGCGCAGGCGGCGCAUCGCGACGGCGCGACGACGACAGCGAGGACGACGACGAAGGGAGGGCGGCCGCGGAGGCGGAGGCGGGCUUUACGCCGCUGUUUCUGCACGCGCACUCUUUGGUGCUGAGACGGCCGGACAGGCGGCCGGUCAAGGUGGUCGCGCCGCUGCCGCGCCACAUGCGCGCCCUGGUCGCGUCGAGGGGGUGGAAGCUACAAAAGGAGGACACCGUGGGCGGCGGCGGCGGCGGCGGCGGCGCCGCGGCGGGGCCUGCGGCUGCGGUCGCGAUGGGCCUGGGUUUGGGGGCUGCGCGCGCGGCGCAGCGGCGGGCGGCGGCGGCGCCUCUGACGAAGCGGGCGUUGGGGCAGUGGGCGGCGGGGGCGGGCGGCGGAAGCGGUGCCAAGGGCGCUGCCGCCAAGGAGGCGCGAGGCUGA